AUGGCUGGAGUUACUCCUGUAGGAAAUGUAACCGGUGGCGUGGGUUAUAUUGUUGACAUUAUUGUUAUUCGUUUGGAAAUUGGUGAUACGGAUACCCAACAAUCGAUUGACAAAGAUCCCGCUACCCUUGUCGUGGAAGCCACAUUCAAUAAAGAUGAAUUGAAAAUUACAUCAAGUCGUAUAAAUGUUAUUGAAUUUAAAUCGGGAAAAAGUUUUGAAUUUAUGGAAAAUCCCAGUGUACUUCGAGAUGAUUUGAUGAAAAAUAAAUUGAAAUUAAAAAUAAAACAUUCGGGAAAGGAAUUGGGUUGUGCAGCUGUGGACUGGCCAGAGAGUUUUCUAAAUUGUCUCAUAGAUCCGGCAUGCAGUGGCGAAUUGACACAUGUCUUUGAAUCGGAAUUUCGUAAUUGUGAUACGGAUAAUAAAUGUGGCACCAUUGAGGUGAUAGUACGUCUACAAACAAAGUGUGCGGAAUGGAAUGACGAUGCCAUGUGUGGACCAAGGGAAGAUAUGGCCAAGGCUGCUAAUAAAGUAAUUGAUCCAAAUGAUAUUUUGUUUGUGGUGGGUGAAGAUAAAAAUCCUUGUUGUUGUUCUCAAGUUGGCCUCAUACCUGCCACAGAUUCGGAUAAAUCGUUGCAUCCUACGUGUUUGGAUCUUUCGAAUUUUCGUUCUGUCAAUGGAAAAACUGUACCAAAUGCCGAUAUUUUGAAUACACUGGAUCCAGCAUGUGGCGAACUGAAGAAAGUCACCAAUCAAUAUCAAAAGUUAAUUGAUUCUUUGGUGGGCAAACCAAAACCUUCACCAUGCUGUUCAAAAAAAGCCGAAUCACCGGCUCAUCAUGAUCCAUGUUCAACGUCAUGCCAUCAAAAUUUGCCAGCUGCCAGUAGAUCAGAUAUCCAUAAUCAGAGGUCUAUCUCAAUCGAAUGUUCCGAUGAGGGUCUUUUUGAACCACAGAAAAUUAUAAAUUUUUGUCAUAAGGAUUCGGUACCUCAACUGAUUGAAGAAACUCCUGUUCGUCCGAGGUGCUGCCCACUGUGCAAAGAAAAUCUCUCAUGGUUACCAAAAUUGGCGGCAUGUCCAAAAUGUGGCUAUAAACCUAUACCACAAUUCGAUGAAAAACCCUACGAUGAUCAGCUGACUGCAAAUGAAAUUCUUAACGAUUACAAAGGAGGAUCAUCGUGCAGUGAAGAUCAGGCAUGGGAACAAAAUUGUCCCCAAAACGAUGAAACAGCCACCCAUUGUCGCUGUACUUGUAAUCCGAAAAAAGUGUGUGCCUAUUGUCGUAUACGAAAGUUGUGUGCUGAUGUAUUUCAAUCUGACGGGCACCAAAAGCAGGAUGAAUGUGGAAAAUGUGAAACAAAGUCAUCGGAUGUUUAUAAUAUUUGUAAAACCAAUAGUAAAGAUUGUCGUCCACAUCUGACGCGGGUAUUUUCCGAAUUGAAAGAUCUGUACGAUAUUCGCGAUGUGAAGAAGAAAGAUUUCGAAAAGGAUGUACGAUGUGAAAGGGAAUUAAAUCGUGGCAGUAAAACGCAGAGGGCAUGUGAUAAACAGCAGAAGGAAAAAGGGAAUUGUAAGACAAAGGCUCAUAAGGGGCAAGUUGAUGAGGCGGAAAGGGAACAGUUUUUGGUGAAGAAUUUCCACAAGAAGGGGAAAGUUUGUCGGAACAAAGCGUAAGUAAAAAUUAAAUCAAAUAAAUACUAAUUAUUAAUGAAUUGUCUUCUGGUUAGUUACAAUUAUGGCAUGGUCCGCAAGUAUCCGGGUGUACAAGUGGGCCAUAAAACUUGCAUAAAUGGUUUUGCUGGCCGCAAAAAUGUCCCACCCAAUAUGGGUUGGUUGUGGAGUGCUGAAGCCAAGGGUGUAAGGGCCGGCUGGAAACCAGGUGCCAUACGCAAACCCAUCAAAGAAUUAAUGAAAUAUUUCCUUAGAGAUUUUCCCGCCGAUACCUUAAGGGUAUCACAAUAUUCUUAUCGUCGGCGUCAAGGUGGUGGAUUUUGUAAUCAAGAUGGAGAGCAGGAAGAGAAUUUAAUACAAAAACCCACUCUGCAUAUUUGUAAAAAGAAUGGUGAAUAUUUUAUUACACUACGUCCCCUAAAAGAUCCUGAAGCUUUAGAAGAAUGUGCCGAUCCAUAUUUGAAUAUGCAACCGAUACAAUUUAAAAUUAUUAAAAAUCCCCUAUGCAUGGAAAGACGUAAACUAAAGAAAUGUCUCAAGGAAAUGGGCUUCAGUAAGUGUACCUGUCACAAACCCAUUGUCGAUUGUUUUUGUCGCAGCUUCUUGGACAAGAAACGUUUGGAGUAUCAGUGUAAUAAAGAGGCACGUAAUCGCAACUUACCACCUUGUAAUGACACCCUGGUACUCUCCGAUACAACAGAUAGUGAAACGGAGUUUGAUUUUGGUGUAACACCACCGGCUGGUGUAAUAAAACCCGAAAGACUUAAGAAACGCAAUCUUGUUAAUACAUCGACACAAUAUGAUGAACAAGAUUGGAAUGUACCACCACUGUAUCCCAAGGAACCGAAUAAAUAUAUGAAAUUAUAUAAUUGUGCCAUAGGAGAACGUUUUGGUAAAGCUUUUGGUCCCUAUGGACCUGGUGGUUAUACACCAGGUGCUGUGCCAACAGGUGGAGUGUAUGGGGGUUGUGGUGGCAGAGGUGGUGGUAAGGCAGGCGGCCGUGGUGGUGCUGGUAAAUUUGCUGGUGGAUUUGGAGGACGAAAUCGCGGUUCUGGUGGUGCCAAAGGAUCCACUUCAAAGAGUAAACUUCCCGGUGGUGGUACAGUCGAUAUGAUGAAGUAUUUGAAUAAAUCGAAGGGGCGCAAGUUGUCACCAGCGGAAUUGGCUGAGAAAAGAAAGAAACGUUUACGUGAAUUGACCGGCGUUGCUCCGCCCUUAAUUUGUAUGGUCGAUAGACGUGCGAAGGCGGUGGCCGAUCCUUGCUAUGAUCCUUGCUGUGGUGAUGCUUGUUUACGUGACACUCGUAUUUGUUAA